AUGGACGUGAUGGCCAUCCUUGACCUCAGAGUGCAAAAUACAAAGGUGGCACGCGACCUCGAAGAGGAGAACCAAAACGCGAACCACUUACUCCUCAGAGAACCGGAAUGGAGACAAUCUUCAGUUAAUCCGCAGUGCCUGAUCAAUGAUAUUGGACCGCCAUGUGGUUCCAUGUCACCACAGCAUAACGACACGCUCAAGUCCUCCCAGGAACAAAACGCGCAGCUAACACAUGAGAUGAAGAAACAGCUCAAGGACUCUCAGGAACAAAAUGCACAGCUCAGACAUCAGAUGAAGGAACAGGGGAAGAUUAUCCUCGACCUCAGAAAGAAGCACGAAAAAGCCAUGGGUCGGUUUGAACAACACACGGCAAAUAUUACAUGCGAGCUUGAGGAACAGGCAAAGAAAAUUUCUGACCUCGAAUGCCAAAAAGGAAAGCUGGUUUAUGUUCUCGAGGAACAGGCAAAAAGGAUCUCCGACCUCGAGGGCCAAAACAGAAAGCCGGUUCUUAAUCUUGAGGGACAGGCAAACAGGAUUUCUGAUCUCGAGUUCCAGAACGAUAUGCUGGUUCGUGAUCUUGAGGAUCACAUUAACAUAGCAUCUGCGCUGGAAAAGCGAGGUACGAAGAUCAAGGAAGUCUUUGGUGCCUUUGCCAGCACAAUGUUAUCAGAGCUCGAGUACCAAGAAGAACUGAUCAACAAUAUGUCACUAGACGAUGGGAAGUUUCUCCUGCCAAGCCACAAUACCCUAGUGCAUCUGGUUGAAAUCAUUGAACAAUGGACAGCAGAUGAUGAGGAUUCAGAUAUGCUGUUCGAUCUUGAAGAUGAAACGCAGUUUGAAUACCUAUAUACGGAACUAUUGUCUCGAUUCAACGAACAAUCAUGUAAGGUCAAAAUACAGGGAAUGAAGCUCGAUAGACAGAAAAUCAUGAUUGACGAACAAACGAGCACGAUCUUCGAGCUCGAGGCUCAGAAACGAAAACUUGCUGGCGAUCUUGAGGAACAAAAUGAAAAUGUGGCUUGGUUGCUUGAAUGUUCGGGAGAGAAUAGUCGGGAAUGCACGUCCUGCUGGGACUAG